UCAUCGUACCGUUUGCUGCUGGACGGAAUCGCGCGUGCACGAGCUGUUUGUAAAUUAAAAUACUUAACCGGUGGCGCUGUUGUCGCAUGCGGUCUGCCUAUUGUGACGCAUGUACCGGAUUGUAUCGCAGAAGUGGAAGAAGAGUGUGAAGUACAGCUCGUUGAUGAUACGUUUACUGGAUCGCCAGUAAAGUACUACAAAACACGAAAUCGGGCUUACACAUCUUGUCGAGGUCUGAUAGAACAUAGCAGUGGUUUCGUGCUAUACCGAUUCAGCCAACGUUCAGAAAAGAGGUCAUACUUACGCACCGGUGCAAUGGGCGCAACGUGUAAAGUGAUGUAA